CACUUUUUUAAUAGAGACAUAGGAGAAGGCAAAAUAAACAACAAAUAUAAAUUAAAAAAAGGACUGGAACGAUUCGUCGGAUUCGAAAUAUUUGAAUCGAGUUAUCGCACUUCAUGGGAUUAAUCGACGAUGAGCUCUCAGAAGUCAGAAAACUUUGUGAACAUGUCGUGCCGGGAACAAGACUCGUAUCAUGCGUGCCGACAAUGGUCCGCACCGAAAUAAAAAGGACUGAUUUUAAAAAACUCGUAGUGUGCAUACAGUUCAGAGGCGAUUACCCCAACACGCCCCUAUUAAUCGAGCUAAAAAGCAAAACGUUAUCUGAGAAGUUGCUGUUGAAACUGACGAACGUAUGCGAGCAAGAAAUCAAGAAAUAUUUAGGUAAACCUCAAGUGCUGAAUACGAUAAAAUUCCUGCGUAAUUUCCUAGACGAAAAUCCAUUGUCUUGUUGCUAUGAAGAAAUAAGCGAGUUAAGGAAUUUAAUCAGCUCCGAAGAUGAGUUCAGGUUGAAACAGAAAACUUCUAGCAUCAUUUUGAAAGUAAACAACGUGAAAUAUUAUUUAAAUUGUAAAAUUAUCGUUCCAGACGAUUACCCAACUAGCGCCAUUAAAAUCGAAGAUACUCGUACGAAUUUCUCGCCUGCCUUGCAAAGGCACAUGAUUUCGCAGGCUCAAGAAAUAGCCAGGAGAUGCGUUGAGCCCCCAUUGAAGAAAAGACCGAACGAGCCUCCAUUUAAACCGCGCCCUUCGUUACAAAAGACAGUAUCGUUUCUCAUCGAUUGCGUUAAACGAUUGCCCAAUGAAAAUUGCCAGUUUUGCAAAAAGAUUUGCUUCCCCUCUAACCCAGACCUACUCGAGAAGGAUGAGAACUCCCCAAAGCACAUCGAAAGGGUUUACUGCGGGCACCUCUUCCACCAAGACUGUUUCUUCAAUUACAUGAAGCUGCCGCCCUUCGGGAACAAGAAAUGUUCCAUUUGCGACAAGAAGAUAUACCAUUUUAAGUGGUCCUUAACAGACAAACUGGCCGAGGAGAGGUGGGCACACGAGCAGGCCCGGGGAAGAGAGUUACAAGAAGUUGUUGAAUUUUUCGAGUAGGUUACGAGUUUUGAACCCGAUGUGAUAAAAAUGAAAAUAAUCAUGAGUUAUGUAUACUGAAGAUAAAGCGGGUUAAAGUAAGCAUAACUCCUACAUUUGGUUUUAAAAAAUUGAAGGUUUUCUUUGGUUUCAUUAAAUAGAUAUAGUAUGGUAUAAUUUUAAUAAGAUUAAUGACUCAUUGAAUAAUGAAAUGCCCUUGUUAUAAAUAAGAUUUUAAUGUACGGCUUUGUUUAUAAUGAGCAUACUUAAUAUUUCUAAUUGAGAUUUUUAUAGUACACAAUAAACUAUAAUCAGUGCACCGCUGUAUUUCAAUAUGCUAUUUAUAAGAAUCAAAAUACAACUCUUAACGAACUAGCUUGAUUAAGGUCAAGAAAAAUUAAAUCAAACUUUGUUAAUAAAAGCAUACCAUUUGCCUUGGAACAAAAAUUAUGUAUGUAAUGUUCCAACAUUCUCGGUUUGAUGUUCUUUAAAGUUCAGCCGAACCUUGAUACAACUUUCAACUCCAAUAAAAACAAGUAAAAUUGACAUCGACAGCAAAAUACCAUCGAAUAAUUUAAUAAACAUAAAUUUUUCACAAUAAAAUUGUUUCAGUUUGUUUAGUGACAUUAAUCUAAGAUACAGAGAAAAUUAAUUAUUUCAUAUAAUCAAAAAAAAAUACUUGAGAAAAUACAUUACUCGGGUACGAAUUACACAAAAUAUAGAACACAUAAAAGUUUUACGUAAUGAAAAAGCUCAUUUUUUCCAGCAGUCAUCUGGGCGAUUACAAUUUGCGGAUUGCGAAAGAUAGAAAUAAAUUUAACCAUCCGCAAUCCGCGCUUGUAGUUUGUAAUGCCCUUUCGUCACAAAUCGCAAGAUUCUAAGGCAAUCUGAACGUGGUGAUCACAAACGCUUAAGUCUUAUCAUUACUUACGAUUACUUAAAAAAAUUGCGACGAAAUUGCAUCAGACACCGCCUCUUAGAUCUCUACUAAUCAAUCAGAAAAAAUAAAACAUUCAUAAGAAUAAGAAAAGAAUUGCAUCUAAACUAACCUCCUCACCGUACAAAUUCCACUAAAAGUCCAUUAAGAUUGGAGAAAGAUUUUUUCCGAUAAAUCGUUCGCCGAACACGCAAAAAUUAUAAACUAAAGAAACAAAUUCAACCUAGAUUCUCGCAAAAAAUUUUCUGCGUCCUUUGUUUGGCUAAAAUAACAAGAAUACAAACGGGACCGGACCUUCGCUUCGGCAGUCGAUAGUAGAGUUUUCUCCACAAAUUCCCAAUAUCGGAACUAUGUUAAGGUGCAAAUAGAAACGUUAAAUGAUUCUAGAAAACUGUUUGACUAAAUUAAACUCGAGCGGAGAUUUGUUUUAAGCUAAAGAGGAUAAAUGUUAGUCUUAUUAUUGAGUGCUUAAAACGAACCUUUUUUUACGAAAACUCUACCAUGUAAUUGAGGAACAUCGUACAAAUUUCACAGCCCCGAUUACUUUUCCAGUCCGUUCCGGCUUCAAUUAAUUCGAGAGUGAAUAAAACCGCGUUCAACUCAUCCUCAAAUCCACGUAUGAAUUAAAAAAAAAAUCUAAGACGGAAAAUUUCUCAUCGAGAGGACAACCUAACAUUACAUUAAUUACAAUAAUUAACCGUUAUUAAAAAAAAGGAAAGGAGAAAUCCACUCCCAACGUUUGUUUUUACCAUUUUGCAUCUUAAAUUAUUUUUAAUCUUCUACUUAUGUGAAAAAACACGUUAAUAAUUCCUACUUUACUCGUCGCCCUCCUCCUCCUCGGAUUCUGCUUCUUGUAGCCACGUUAGCCAUUGAUUCAC